AUGUGUGCCAACUGUUAUGGCCCCCACCCUGCCUCUGCUAAAGACUGCCCAAAGUACUUGCAAGAAAAGGAAGUACUAAAAAUUAAAACUCAAAAUAAAUGCAAUUACCCUGAAGCUAGACGCCUUUACAAAAUUCAAAAUCCCAUUAACGUGAAUCAAGAUCAAACAUAUGCAUCAAUUCUAAACUCAACACAAGCCGCUCAACACAGUCUCUCACAAAACCCGACCGAUCUCACUUCUUCAGUCGGUAACUCAACAGGUAUCCCCAAACCACACAUCUCUUCUAUCCAAUCUCACUCAUACCAACCGAACGAGUCACUUUCUAGUGCUCACUCACACUCAGUUAAGUCACUCACUCACGUUCAUACAUCGGCAGCAGCCAACACACAAUCUACACAACAAUCUCUCCCAACUAACUCAUUCACACAGCUCACUACAACUCCGGCUGCAAACUGGAGCUCUAUUUCUCAAGUGCAUCCCCAAAACUCACCACCUGAACACUCAUUAGACUCUAAUAAAAACAAUAGCAAUGAGAUUAAUACAUCUCUAACACACAACGCUUCCUCAACUCAUACUUCUAAUGACUACUCUACAUCUCUUACAUCCUACAACUCAAACUUUGAAUCCACCACGCAACCUGACUCCAUUCUGCACUCUCUUCUCAACACAAUCUCUGGUACACAUAAUGACGAUAUGGAUAAUGAUCUUCAAGAGCCCACGCUAUAG